GGCUGGAUCCUAGCUGCGGCCAAUGGCGCACGGGGUGAGGGUUGAAGGGUGGAAGGUGCUCCUAGCCGCUUGUGCUGGUUCCUUUCAGCAACUGUGCUGGGUUACCUGGUCGUCAUGGAGGCAGUCUUGACUGAGGAGCUUGAUGAGGAGGAGCAGCUGGUGAGAAGGCAUCGCAAAGAGAAGAAGGAGUUGCAAGCCAAAAUUCAGAGUAUGAAGAAUGCUGUCCCCAAGAAUGACAAAAAGAGGAGGAAGCAACUUACUGAAGAUGUUGCUAAGUUAGAAGCAGAAAUGGAACAGAAACAUAAAGAGGAGCUGGAGCAAUUGAAGCUGACUUCUAAGGAGAGUAAAAUAGAUUCUGUUGCUGUCAAUAUUUCAAACUUGGUUCUUGAGAAUCAGCCGUUUCGGAUAUCAAAAGCACAAAAGAGACGGGACAAAAAAGCUGCACUGGAAAAGGAGCGGGAAGAAAGGAUAGCUGAAGCUGAAAUUGAAAACUUAACUGGAGCUAGACAUGUAGAAAGUGAAAAACUUGCUCAAAUAUUGGCAACUAGACAGUUGGAAAUUAAACAGAUUCCAUCUGAUGGCCACUGUAUGUAUAGAGCCAUUGAAGAUCAACUGAAAGAACAGGACUGCAGUCUGACUGUAGCUGCCUUAAGAUGUCAGACUGCUGACUAUAUGCAAAGCCACGUGGAAGACUUUCUGCCAUUUUUAACAAAUGCUAAUACAGGAGAUAUGUAUACUUCAGAAGAGUUUAGAAAGUACUGUGAUGAUAUCAUAAACACCGCUGCAUGGGGAGGUCAGCUUGAGCUAAGAGCCCUGUCUCACAUUUUACGAACACCAAUAGAGAUAAUACAGGCAGAUUCUCCUCCUCUUGUAGUUGGUGAAGAAUAUCCAAAAAACCCAUUAAUACUUGUUUAUAUGAGACAUGCAUAUGGCUUAGGAGAACACUACAAUUCUGUUAAACGGGUAUCAGAAUCACAUGCCCAGCAGGUGACUGUGUGGGAACCUCGCAGGAGCUGUUGUGGUCAUCUAGAGCAAAUAAGUACUACAUGAAGGUAUUCAACUGCCAAAGAUUAAAACCAUUCUGCCUGCCAAACAAAAUAUAUUCUGAAGGUUGCUUGUUUUGUAAUCCUUGAUCUGAAUUUUUUUGGGGGUCUGAAAUUUAUAAAAGAAUAAAAUUGUAAAAUACUAAGCAGCUUGGCUUUAUUUUGAAGUAAUCUGUUACUUUAAAAGAGAAGCAUUAAGAAGUAAUAAAACAAGAUACAAAGAAAUCUAGUUAUUAUAAAUUCCAUCUAUAUUUAAAGUAUCCUAAAAUAACUUAUUAGUAGCUAUUUUUUUCUAGCAGGAUGAGUAGAAUUUUCUUGAUUGUAGGUAUAUUUUUAAAUUUUUAUUAUUUUUUAUUUUUUAAAUGACCAAUAUGGUAAUGAACAGGAUUUGUAUGGUCAGCUUCUCUUCUUUCUUAAAACCUGAGAUAAAAAUUAUUUUAGCUGUAACCUAAAGACUAAAAUUAAAGUCUUUAAAAAUUGGCAGAUGUUAAUAGCAGCAUAUACUAAUUUAAUUUGCUGUAUGAUGCUGGUCUCUUAGGGAAGUUUGAUAAGCUUUCUUUUGUCCUAACUCAGAAAAGUAUAUGUUAGAGUUCUGGAAUAUGUCUUUAGCCAAGAAUUUUAUCCACUUAAAUAUGUUUUCUAACUUAUAUAAAGCAAAAAAGAGUGUGUGUAACUAUAGUGAGCAAUAAAAUUUUGUUCAUAUUAUCUGAUGUUUGCUAAAAGAAAAAUAAAAGAUGAAUGAUUAAAUCAA